AUCCCCAUUUGAGCGCUUCCAGUGCUGGAGUGUACAUACAUACGCCCGUUUGGUACCGCGUGUGAGCUGCUUGGUGACCGUGUGAUUCCGUCGUGUUUGAAAAGUGCUAAGUGAACCUUGUCCUGUGCGCGUAGAAAAAAAGGCGUUUAGUUUGCAGCAAAGCAGCAACCAGUCGAUGAGAUCUGCUGCAUAGUUGGACCCUCUGAUAGAACUAGUCGGACAUAAGCCACACCGUUCAGAAGCAAUUAGUCAACGACCGCAUUACUGGCUGGAUCCAAUAAAGCUUGUGUGCCUAAAUUAGCACAGCCCGCGCCGUAAAACAGCAACCGAUGCGUGUGAAAGUGUGCAGAACAAACGCUUCUGAAAACUUUACGCCGCGCCACCCAUUUUUCUGUGUGUAAUCGUCGACGCUUUACAAGUCCCACGAUAAUUCAAUUGUGAUAAAGAGCAGCCAGCUGCCAGCUGGCUACAUAUAUUAAACAAAUCUUGCAAAGUUUGUCUUAGAACCGGUUGGGGGUUUAAUUAUUAUUACUGAACAGUUCUGGCUUUAGAGAGGCGGGUGCGAGUGUGUGAACUGAUCUAGAAUUGAAGUCGGACCGAACCCUCGAUUUAGCGCGUGCAAAACAUCAACGACCACCAACCGUGCAGUGUAGUAGGCGCUGCAGAUUGAAACCUUUUUCUUAGUUCUGGUUUGUUGUUGGACGGCUUUUUAUUGUGUGUACGCGCCGGAAUAGUAACUAAUAGCAACAGGAACAACAGAGGGAUUUUGCGAUCAUGACGGUCAAGGUCGCGACACUCGUGCUGCUGCUGCUGCUGGUGUCAACGUUCUGUGCCGCCCCAGCUUACGGCGGUUUACUGCGGACACCGAAGGUUUACAAUGCGGUGAUAACGACCGACGAGAAUUUGACCCCGAGCCGGGCCUAUCCCGUAGUUCAACCGGUGGUGCACGAAACUGGGCUAACCUAUCCGUUCGGUGGGUUCGGACCAUUCGGUUUGUACAAUGCGCUCAACGGCUUCCCUGGAUUCUAUCAGCCUCAACCACCGCCAGUUGGAACUAGUGCCGCUCAGAAUCAGGGAAGAAAUGCUUUCUACACUAGCCGGGAAGCGGAACCUCUACUUCAAGAUACACCAAUCGAAACAAUUCCCGGAGCAAAACCUUAUCCGGAAACCAACCUUCCGCUACGUGAAGCACCAGUGCCGGAAAUUAUCCCCGAACCAAAUAACAGCAUCGCUCCGAAGGCCCCCGAAGGCCCUCGGCCGAAUUUCGAGCCUCGUCCAGCAGAUCCGAAAAACCAGCUACAGUUGAACGAGUUUGGCUACCCACCCAGCCUCAUCCCACUGACAUCGUACAAUGGAAACGGCCAAAACCCACCAGCCUUCAACAUCCAAGGCUAUCCCUACAAUUUCCCCGUACUCUAUGACUCAUUCGGAAAUUACAAUCCAGCACAGUACCAGUCCGUGCUACCACCUUUCGGGUACUUCCCUCAGCUUACCCAACCGAAUCCCUACUUCACCCAAAACAUCACACCGAAUGGUCCGGCCGGAAACGCAGUUGAUCCUCUUCUAUUCAAUCGGAACGGUCGCGAGCAGGAACUGCAGGCUGCGGCGGCAAAAGAAAACUUACCGGAUGGUGGAAAUGGGGCUCCAUUAGGAGUGCCGGAGCCACCACCGGCUGGUCCAGGAUUGGUCGAAAAAUUAGUCGAAGAUAGUAAAUCGGAAGGGGCACCACCCGGGGCAGACCUAGCUGAUAGUAUAAAAAAUAAUGCGAAUAAGAAUCAAGAAAUUCCCGACGUACCACCGCCACCGAUUCCAUCCGGUGCGAAGGAAGCCGAACAGCUCUGAAUAGGAAGCUGCGAAUGGUGGUCCCUCGUACGCGCGUUUUACAUUUGUAGGAUACUCAUUGUUCAUCGAUCGUUUUUUUAUAAAUAAAUCUGUUUGAUAAGACCUGGA